CUCGGUAGUGUAGUUGGCCAGCUAUACCCCACUCCCUCCUUCUGCCCCAUCUCGUUGCCGAGCGACCCAGCCCCCUCGCUCCGUGGAUCUUCUUCCCCCCUGCGCGAGCGCCGCCACCCAUCCCGCUGCCGAGCGCCCGAGCCCCCUUGCUCGUCUUCCUCCUCGCGCGAGCGCCGCCACCCAUCCCGCUGCCGAGCGCCCGAGUGUUAACUUUUAAGCUCCGAGCUUGUAACUGAAGAUUGGCAAGCUCCAGAAUGCAGAGGUCCUGACACCGAGCCUCCUAGCUCUUCUACUCCUCCCGCGAGCGCCUCCACCGCAGGUUGAUCUCCCCUUCGAUUCUCUCGCUCCCGAACGUUUCUCCUCCCAUCACCCCACGAACGGAUUCCGCACUUUAGCUCCCCGUUUCAUAAUCUUCCCCAAUUCGUAACUGAGGCAAAAAAUCAAGGUAGGGCGUGGAUUCGCUCGGAUCCCUCUUUCUUCGCGUGGCUGAUUUUGUGGAGUUGGGAUAUUGCUAGGGUUUUGGGGUCUUGAUAGGUUGGCUGUGGUAGAAGAUGAUUAAACAGAUCCUUGGCAAGCUGCCGAAGAAGACGGUGAAGGCCGGUGAUAGCCGGGACGCUGCUAUGGGGAACGGCUAUGAGUCCUCGAAUUCGAACAGCGUUGUGAGAAGUGUGGAGCCUGCUGGGCAUAAGAGAGCAGGAAAUGGGGAAUACCUGGCACCAGCUGGCUCCGGUCCUAGUCCGGCGAUGAAUGGGACUGUGGUGUAUCACUCCAGUGAGCCGCUGCCAGCGUUCAAGGACGUGCCAGCCUCGGAGAAGCAGAAUUUAUUUGUCAAAAAGGUGAACCUGUGCUGUGCCGUGUAUGAUUUCACAGAUCCAACGAAAAACUUGAAGGAGAAAGAGAUGAAGCGCCAGACGCUUAUGGAGCUUGUUGAUUACGUCACCUCUGCAAAUGGCAAGUUCUCAGAAGUCAUUAUGUUGGAGAUCGGCAAGAUGGUGGCAAUUAACUUGUUCCGGAGCUCGAGACCCAAUCCUCGUGAGAACAAGGCCAUCGAAGGAGUUGAUCUGGAGGAAGAUGAGCCUCUCAUGGACCCAGCUUGGUCACACUUGCAGAUUGUUUACGAGGUUUUCUUGAGAUUUGUAGCAUCACAGGAGACAGAUGCAAAGCUGGCCAAGAGAUACAUAGAUCAUUCCUUCAUUCUCAGGUUACUAGAUCUUUUUGACUCAGAAGAUCUCAGGGAGAGGGAUUAUUUGAAGACAAUACUCCAUCGAAUAUAUGGUAAAUUCAUGGUGCAUCGCCCAUUCAUCAGGAAAGCAAUAAACAACAUUUUCUACAGGUUUAUAUUUGAAACAGAAAGGCAUAAUGGCGUUGCAGAAUUGCUGGAGAUCUUGGGAAGUAUAAUCAAUGGAUUUGCCCUGCCACUUAAAGAAGAGCACAAAUUGUUCCUUAUUCGUGCGCUGAUCCCACUCCAUAAGCCAAAGUGUGUGGCAAUGUACCACCAGCAGCUUUCGUAUUCCAUCACACAAUUUGUUGAGAAGGACUGCAAACUUGCUGACACUGUUAUUAGGGGCUUACUGAAGUAUUGGCCUAUAACAAAUAGUUCAAAGGAGGUGAUGUUCUUGAGUGAGCUAGAAGAGGUUUUAGAGGCAACACAGCUUGCAGAGUUCCAAAGAUGCAUGGUUCCGCUCUUCCGUCAGAUUGCUGGUAGCAUGAACAGCUCGCACUUCCAGGUGGCAGAGCGAGCACUAUUUCUGUGGAACAAUGACCACAUCGAGAGCUUAAUUAAGCAGAAUUACAAGGUGAUAUUACCCAUCAUUUUUCCUGCGCUCGAGAGGAAUGCCCGGGGUCACUGGAACCAGGCUGUUCGGAGCCUGACAUUGAAUGUACGCAAGAUCUUCUCUGAUCAUGAUCCUGCAUUUUUCGGGGAGUGCAUGGAGAAGUUCAACGACGAUGAACUGAAGCAAGAAGAAUCCAGCUCGAAGCGAGAAGCCCUAUGGAAGCGCCUGGAAGAAAUGGUGGCCUCAAAAUCCAACGGAAACAUACCCUUGGGUAUAACCAACGGCAAAUCCAGUCAAUAGAAUACCUAUAAUAGCAACUGCAAUCGUGCAAUCCUUUGACCCAUGCACGAUUUUUCUGGAACUUUGGCCAUGGUUGUAUUGUUCAAUCUUCUUUUUUCUUUGGUCGGUGAGUUCGCUUCCCCCUGUUUCUAGGCAGGUAGAGUGUAUUUGGUUUCGUGAGGACUGCAUGAUCAAAAUGUACACAUGCAGAAGGAUUUCUGCAAGAUUUGGCAUUUGUGGUGACAUCAAUCAGGAUUACCGUAUAGACCAAUAAACAGCGUUGAGUUUGUUGAGGAUAUGCUGUUUGGUGGAUUGCUGGAAUAUCAGUGCCUUUGUUUUCUUUCUUUUUU